CCCCGUGGACUCAAGUGUCAUUGUCUCUGCGUAACGAGCACAGCUACAUGCUCCCUCUAUCUGUGACCCUCGCCUCCAAGCCUGUCUUUAUACAUUCACACUUGAAGCUUCAGAUCUAUCAAUCCUGUUCUCUCAUCCGUAGUGGAACAAGAUUUGCUUGAAGAAGAGAUCUUUUUCCCACUUCCUGUGACAGUUUAUCAGAGAGAUCGCAUUGUAAAAUAAUAUCUGAACGUUCUUUCCAGUGUUAUAAUAGUAUAGGAGAGUAAAUGGCCUUGGUGACAACUGCUGAAGUAUGUGAUGCAAAUCCUCAAUUAAUUUUGAGUGGGGAGCUUCGUGCCCUUCAGCCAGUAUUUCAGAUGUACGGUCGUAGGCAGGUGUUUUCUGGACCUAUAGUUACCCUGAAGGUGUUUGAAGACAAUGUGUUGGUUCGUGAGUUCCUUGAAGAAAAAGGUAAUGGUAGAGUUCUUGUUGUGGAUGGAGGUGGGAGUUUGAGGUGUGCAAUAUUGGGAGGCAACCCUGUAGUACAAGCACAAAACAAUGGAUGGGCAGGUAUAGUUGUGAAUGGAUGCAUAAGAGAUGUGGAUGAGAUUAAUGGUUGUGAUAUUGGCGUGCGAGCUCUUGCUUCGCAUCCCAUGAAAGCCAACAAGAAAGGCAUGGGAGAAAAGAAUGUUCCUAUUACUAUUGCUGGCACGAGGAUCUGCGAUGGUGAAUGGCUUUAUGCAGACACUGACGGGAUUCUCAUCUCCCAGGCCGAGUUAGCGGUCUGAUUCCACUCCAUAACCAUGCUUUAAGCUGGGCCAGGGGCUGCUGUUGCUUUUUCUGCUGUACUUUUUUGGUCUUGUUCACCCAAGUGACCUUGAAAAAGUGAACUCUUACACGGCCACAAUAGAUUGAAGUAUUUCCGUCUUCUACCAUUGUGAUCUAUGGUUUUGAUUGGUGUUAUGAGAACCUGCCUUUAAAUUUAUGCUUGCUUGUUUUUUGAUUUGGUUCUAUGGAUUCUGAGAUCCAUCCUGUGCCAAUCAGAAUUGAUUUAUUAAAAUGACCCAAAAAUAAAAUACUAUUGGUAAUAUGCAACUGCGAAAAGAUCUGGGGCUGGAAACCAAUCAAAACAUUAAGCCAUGGUAAGUUGGUUGGAUGAUAUUACAGGAAUAAAGAGACUCCUUCCUUCAUUUGUCUCCACCAGUAAGCUAGAAAGCUUCAUGAAGCUGCCUGCCUUGAAGACACUUCAAGUAAAUCCCACAAAGUUGACUGUUAUGGUGGUCAACUAUGAAAUAGAAGUUGCGAGGAUGUUGUAAUAUGUUACUGUUUUUAUGUUCCUAACUAUUAAAUAGUGAGUGAUUGCAAUUCUCAAUGGUGGAUUCAUAACAGUCCUAAUCAUUUACCGAGAUUUUUUAGUUAUUUGAUUUGAUA